UUAUGGCCUGGUUCCGUCCUCCACCACCACACACUCAACUCAGACCAUGGGUUCCGGACGCGAUCUUUAUCCCGAUCUCUCGCGCCGUUGAGCGUGUCGGAGUGUUCUUCUACAACCGCGUGUUGAACAAGACCGAGGUUGGAUUGUUCGACAAGAGAUGGAACAAGAACGUUCACGGACCAUACUGCCACUGGAGAUACUACGGAAAGCUUGAUACCAAGUUCAUGGAUGUGAAGCUAGGAGAUCUUCCAGCCUGGAUGGCUCGUCGUGAGAAGACCCCAUCUGCCUUCUACAACGAGUUCAUGCGCAAUAUCUGGAGAGUCCACAACCUCUAUUACUCAGGACCAGUCUACAAUAACACUGUCAAGGUAAUCUUCCGCUUCAUCUUCGCCUACUCGUUCCUCAAUUGGCUCGUCAAGUCUCACCGUUACGUCGAUUUCCAGAAGACGAUGUACCAUUGGUAGACACCAUCCGAUUUCGUCUACUCUUCAAAGCUCCACAUACAAACUCUGUCGCUGGGGGAGGACGAAACAGCCAUCCGAUUUUUUCGUAUUCUUUUUUCCCCCAAUUCAUCUCAUUCUCGAGACGUCUUCUGUUAAUUUAGUCCCCUAUCGAUUUUGUCCGUUUGUGUCUUUUUUCUAUGAGAGAAUAAAUAGUGUAUGG